AUGGUUGUAACCAAUCUGUCCCCCAACAAUAAAAUCCUUAAAUACCUGAGGCCAAUGGCCGGCUGGAAGGGCUUCCUUCAGAGGUACAUGCUUGCCAGCUGGAAGGGUUUCCUUCCAGAUGGCGAGAGGUACAUGCUUGCCGGCUGGAAGGGUUUCCUUCCAGAUGGCGAGAGGUACAUGCUUGCCGGCUGGAAGGGUUUCCUUCCAGACGGCAAGGGCCCCAUUAUCCCAUCUGCAUUAACUGUAUUGACCACCCCCACCAUGAUCCCAAUCACCACCACCACCAACAAUAAGGAAAAAACUAAUGCUCCAUAUGAUCAUUGUGAUCCCCCAAAACCCUGACCUGAAAGACAAGACAAAACCAAAAAGGAGCAAAACAUG